AUGGAAAUAACUGCAAAUUUCAUUGAAGAAGUGUCUACGUCAAGCACCCCUAAUGUGCUGCUUAUACCGCAAAUUAAAGCUGAUAUAAAGAAAUCGAUUGGAAAUGUUGAUAAUCGUGACUGCCAAAAUGAGCUGAAUAUUCUGUCAAGUUUUUAUAUCCAGUUAAUUGAAUUUGGGAAAAAUCGCUUAUUUUUGGGAUUUGAAAGAAUAGUUCCUCUGCUUCAGAUUGGGCAUUCACUUAUAGCAGCAAGCUGCUAUCAACAAAUUUUAGGGAAUUUUCCGACAGUUGAAGAACUUUUUACUCUUUUGACGAAGCAAAUAGUGGAAUCAAGAUAUAAUUUGGAUGAGCUUUUUUACAUCCACUGUUAACAGAAAUUCGAAUUUAGAGAGUCAAAGAUAUAUCCAAUAUGGAGUCGAAUUUCUGUUAAUAGUGGAUAAAGCUCUCUAUCCAUACUCCAAGCCAAAAAAGGCAAAUAAUUGAAUUUUUUACAGAAACAUUUUUUAAACAUUUCAGACUUUAUACCCAUGUGUUUGGAAACAAACAAAAAUCAGAAACUUUAUAUAAUCCUUUAUUUCUUAUAGUCAUCAUUCUAUCUAAAUCUCUUACUAUUAUCCAUAAAAAUCACUAUUUAUUAUCUAUUUAAAAAAUUUUAAAAAUUUUAUAAAAGAAUACAUAAAUGUAUCGAUUGAUUCUCCAUUACCAAGCCUCCCUCUCAGUAUGGCUGUACAAAGACUUAAGCACAACGAAGUAAAACAAGACGACAAUUUCUCUCUAGACUCCAUAUCAAGAAGUGCAAGUGUCCAAAAAUCAGGACGAAUCAGCAGACCUUCCUCCAGAAAAGGCAGUUUCUCAAGCCCAAAAAACCUUCACAAAGAAGAAGAAGAUUUAAACGAAGCCGUCUCUCCUUUCCCAUCUGAGUCCACUGACCCUCUCCAAACUAAACUUGAUUUAACUGUCAGAAAAUACCAAGACUCUAUGCAAGAAGAGUUCGAGAAACACCAACAAAUAAUUGAUACCCACUAUGAAGAAGUUAAGAAAAAAAUAGGAAAAUAA